AAAGAAAAACAAGAAGGAAAAGUGCCGAAAUUAGAAGAAAAAAAUAAGGAAUAAUAGACAUAAGGAAAUUGCAACAAAAACCCACACACAGCCAGCAUGGAUGUGGAGGAGAAUUACGAGUCACAAUCGCAGCCGCAACCAGGAGGAGAUAGUAACCAAGAGCUGCAGCAGCAGCAACAACAACAACAACAACAACAAAUGCAGUGCGAGCCCCUAUUUGGUUUAACCACAAAUACAACAACAACCACAAAUCCUAUGAUGGAUACAAAUAAUAUAGCAAUACCAUUGCCAGCACCGCCUGGCUUAGGUACGACGACGCCAGCCAUCAUUAUGUCCACCACUACCACCACCAGCGCCACCAACAUUAAUAGCGGCAGUAGCAGCAGCAAUAUCAACAACCUCCAGCAGCAGCAACAACAACUGCAACAAAAGGGUGUCCAUUUUGGUGGUUUACCCACAAAUGAUUAUGAUAUUGAUUCAUUGCUAUUGCAGCAAUUUAGCUGCAUGGGCACCACAGAUCAUGAAGAUUUAAUCAGUCAAUUUCAAAAUCUCAUGAACAAUCAAAUGAAUCGUGAAUCGGCACGAUUCUAUCUUGAAAUGAGCAAUUGGAAUUUACAAACUGCCGUCGGUUGCUAUUUGGAUUUUUGUAGUCUGCAAUCAUUGCCAUCAAUGAAAAUUGUCCAGGGACAGCAUGUGAAUCCACAGCAGCAGGCAUUUCAAUUGCGAAACGAUGGCCAGGAACGUUGGCCAAAUGGUUGCUAUCUAACAUCACCGAUACAAACGCAAAGGAUUAAUGUGCCAUCAUUGAGGCCAGGCGAAACUUGUGAUAUAUUGGCUGAUCUAAUGCCAACACAACCGCCAAUUAUGUGGCGAUUGUGUACACCAAAUGGAGGGUACUUUGGCGAUGCCAUUUGGAUGAUACCGCCUGGAACUGAGGCCAGUCAGGAUGAGCUACAGCAACGCAUGGUGCAGUUAAUCACAUCAGAUGCCAAGCCAGAGGUUUAUCCGCAAAUUAAUAUCGUGAUAACGGCGCGGACUCAAUGAAUUAAGUUUAAUCAGUGGUUUCUCUUUGGUUGAUUGAUUAAUUUUGUUUUUGGUAAUUCAAAGAUGCGUGUCGCGCCCCGCCCUCUCGCUCCCUUUUACUCCUAUGCUGUUCCCUACUACUCUUAAGAAUAUAGUGUUUGCUAUUCUUUUUUAACGAUUUUUCCCAUGUUUUUACUUCCAAUUUUAUAAAAAGUCUUUGCUUUCUUUUUCAAUUUUUUUUAUCGCCUACCUCCUUUCUUCCUUCUUUAAUCCUAUAUACCCAACCCAUAUGUACAUACAACUUUUCUUGUGUAUUGUAUGACGUUUAAAACAAACAAACAAAAAAACAAAAAGAAUACCGUUCAAGAAACUGAAACGUUUAGAUUAAUAUUAUAAUAAUAAUAAUACAUUGCAAAACAGAAGAGAAGAAAAAUCAUGCCAGAAACAUUAACUUCGGCUCUCCGAAGUUUAUACACCUUUGCAGUGCUCCGACUUUUAUGUCCGAUCUUUAAACUCCAUAUAAAAUUUAAUAUAAAUUUACUAAAAAAAAAAGAAGUUUAAAAUUAAUCUUAUGGAAGAUUAUGUAAACGUAUUUGAUUGUAAAUUCCCUGAAAUUGUAAAAUAUAAUCUGAAAAAUUGUAUCUAAUUUAGAAAUAAGCUUAAAAGUUAAUUUUUAUUAGACUAGAUUAAUGAAUCAGGAAUCUAUGGCAUAUAUAAGUACAUAUAUAUUUAGAUAAUAUCCACUGCAAUGGUUUAUACAUAUAUUGUCUUUAGAGGAUUUGUAUACAAAACUUUUUUACAUAUAGAAAUAUCUGUAGAACCUUCAAAAUGAAAGAGACAAAAAAAGAAACUAACGUUUUCCUCAAUAUGCUUUCCUUUUCUUUUUGGUGUAAAAAAAAAGAGAAAAGAGAAAACAACAACAAAAACAAAACGAGAAUUGCUGCAAUUACAACUCCUUUUUAUUUUGUUCUCAUUCAUUUAUGAAUUAUUAUUUAUCAAAAUUAUUUGUUCAAUCAAUGUAAGAAAUUUUUUUGUAGAUUUUAAGUGUUUUACUGAGCUGAACGCAAAAAUGAAAUUAGAAUGAUGGAG